AUGCCGGAAGUAACUACUUUAGAAGAACAAACCUCUAGCACCCAAACAAUUACAGUAGAGCCGACAGCGUUAAAUAACAUGACGCCUAAUCCAUCAGCCACUCAAACUAAUGAACAAGACAAAAAUUCCGAGCAAAAUAUUCCUCAACAUCUUCGUAAAACUCGCGGAGGAGGAA